AAACAGUUUUGUUCGAGAACGAAGUCUGACACCUAGAUAGCCCGCUGACUGUCCUGUAGCUGUCCACGUCUCCUACAGGACAAACUGCAAUACUUCAUAUGUGUACAUGAAUAACAAAGACGAAGAUGCCUUCACACGGACUAAUAUUCGUACUUGUUGUAUUGAUUAUAGAUUCGGUCCACUUAAAGCCGCUUUCUCCUAUAUUUCCCCAAAAUGUCUCCAAAAUCAUGCCUGAGGACUGCGCAAACGGUUCCCUGAUCACAUCUUUUACUGUCACCGACGAAGAUAGUGCCAGCAUAACGCUGGGGAUAUUUGAUGAUUUUACACGACAGAGCGUUUACCUUAACCAGACCAAUGGUAGUCCCGGGGUCGUGACAGGCCAUAUAUACCUCAUCAACACUGACAGUUUCGAUUUCGACAGGGGUAAGAGUGAAGUGAAUUUGGCAUUCUCAGCAUCUGAUGGAGACGGCAACACGUCAACAGGGUUUGUACAAGUGUACGUGACUGAUGUGAAUGACAACCCGCCCGUUUUCAGACGGCCAGCAUACGUCUACGACAUACCUGAGAAUUCAACCUAUCCGUCAAACUACAGUGCGAACAUUUCAGCGACCGAUGCAGAUGAUGGCGUGAACAAGGCCUUUGCAUUCAAGUUAGCCGCGACUGGCCAGUCUUCAGAAUUAUAUAAAGAUGUCUUCAACAUCGAUAAGAAUAACGGACACCUCAUACUAAAGAAACCAUUAGAUUACGAGACGCUCAGCUUUUACCAAUAUAUCAUAGAGGCCGUGGAUAGCGGGAAUCCUCCUUUGACAGGGACUGCUGAAAUAACAAUCACAGUGACCGAUAUUCAAGAUACGCCUCCGAAUUUCAAGGGAUUACCAUACAUAUUUGCUAUCAAAGAGAAUUCUUCAUGGGCUGGAAAAGAUAUCCUUGCCCAGGACGGUGAUCGGGGAAUUCCUAGGAAUAUUAAUUACACAAUGGUGUAUUAUUCAGAUGAGUGCUCAAAAUUAUUUGAGAUAAAUACCGCCACUGGGAGGUUUUCAAUAAAGGAUAAAUUGGACAGAGACACUGGAAUCGUUUUGGAAAAUCAAGGUGUAUGCAGGAUCGGUAUUGAGGCUGAAGAGAUAACAAAACCCGGAGAGCCGACUACCAACUCUGCAGCCACCACGACAGUGACUGUGAUGGUGGAGGAUCUAGACGACAACGUACCAACCUUCAACAAGUCUCACUACGACGCCUACAUAGAGGAGGACGUGUCCAACAUUCCAAUAAACAUCGUGGGAUCGACAGGCAUAGAGGUGUUCGAUCUGGAUCAGGGACCAAACAGUAAGUUCAGCCUAACAGUCCGAUAUACCAACGGAAGCAGAUUUACUGGAAUUGAAGCCACACCGUCAUUAGUUCUUUCCCGGGCCACAGUUUUAUUGAGACUUGUAAAUGGUUUUGAAUUCGACUACGAAACAGAACAGACCAUUACACUGCUUGUUGUAGCCAAUGAGAACACUAACCCACGUCUAUUUACAACAUGUACAGUCGCUGUUUACAUCAAUAAUACCAACGACAAUGAUCCAGAGUUUAGUCAGGAUGAAUACAAUGCCACCAUCCCCGAAAGUCCGCCGACUGGCACAUCAGUUACAGUAGUCACGGCAGAAGAUCUCGAUCUAGAAGAAUACGGCAAAUUGACUUAUACACUGAAAGGCUCUUCCCAAUUUGGCAUUGAUCCACACAAUGGCACUGUUUACACUGUGGGAAGUCCUGGUGACCUUGACCGAGAAACACGUGACACAUACUAUUUGACGGUGGUAGCCACUGACCGGGGAAACAGGAGGGCAGUGGCCUCUCUGACAGUCAUUCUCUCCGAUAUUAACGAUAACCCACCCAGGUUCCUUUAUAAAACAGUGGAGAUGUCAAUUACUGAGAAUACGACACAGUUCAAUCCAGAUAUACUAGUAACGGCAACCGACAUAGACGAGAGUAACACACCAAACAGUGAGGUGAUGUACAGACUUAAAUGUCCCGAUAACCUGAACAACAACUUCACUAUUAACAGCACCACAGGUGAAAUCAUCGCCACACAGCCUCUGGACUACGAACGCCUCUACUUGUCACAGAACGGACAGAUACAGCUGAUCGUUAUAGCAUACGACAAUGGAAACACAUCUCUUGAAUCAAACACUACUGUAACGAUCAACGUGCAUGAUAUAAACGAUAACACACCAAAAUUUCAUCAGGAUAGCUACAACGCCAAUAUAUCUGAAAACUCAACACCAGGAAAAUCCGUGGACACUGUGUCAGCAAGUGAUGGGGAUGCAACCAGCCCAAACAAUGAAGUCCGGUACUAUAUUGAAAAAGGAGGAUCCGAUUUGUUUCGAAUAAACGGACAAAAUGGCACCAUCACAGUUGAUCUGAAUGCUAAAUUCGACAGAGAAAGUCAGGACCAGUAUAACCUGACUAUAAUUGCCGCUGAUAUUGGUACUCCGCCAAGAACAGUGACAGUGACUCUAGCUAUUAGAAUUACUGAUAUCAACGACGAAAGUCCUGAGUUCGGCCAGUCUAGUUACAUAGCGAGCGAGAAAGAAGAUAUCGCCAUUGGAUAUAUCGUUAAAAACUGUACUGCUUCUGAUGCCGAUAAUGACAAUGAACUUGAGUACGACAUCCAAACUCAUUCAGCGACAGAUGGUGCAGGAAACAGUGUCAAAAUCAGUCUAGUUGAGCAUAUGUUUAGCAUUCAUCCAACCAAUGGAUCUGUGUUCGUGAGUAACAGUCUGGACAGAGAAACAGCAAGCCAAGUAACGUUGAUUAUCAUUGUCAACGACACAAAGUGCGCCGAACAUUGUCCCCAGACAGCUACGG